CAAGAGGCUGAAUCUAAGGAGCAGCGAGGUCGAUCCCACCAAGAAACCUGUGGGGUAAGAAGGGAGAUCCCUACGGAAGGCGUCCCAGGAGUGCUGUCCGGCCUCUCACACCUAGCACAAGUCAUCGUUCUUGAGCUUCACCUUGGUCGGUGGGCCAGAGAGAAGGUUCUCUUUGUAAUUUUGAAUAAUCUUUUAGGAGGAUAAUGAAAGAUUAUGAUGAACUUCUCAAAUACUAUGAAUUAUAUGAAACUAUUGGAACAGGUGGCUUUGCAAAGGUGAAACUUGCCUGCCAUAUCCUUACUGGAGAAAUGGUAGCUAUAAAAAUCAUGGAUAAAACUGCACUAGGGAAUGAUUUGCCUCGGAUCAAAACAGAGAUUGAUGCUUUGAAAAACCUCAGACAUCAGCAUAUAUGUCAACUCUACCACGUUCUAGAAACAACCAAUAAGAUAUUCAUGGUUCUUGAGUACUGCCCUGGAGGAGAGCUGUUUGAUUACAUAAUUUCCCAGGAUCGCCUAUCAGAAGAGGAGGCCCGAGUUGUCUUCCGUCAGAUAGUAUCUGCAGUUGCUUAUGUGCACAGCCAGGGCUACGCUCACAGGGACCUCAAACCAGAAAAUUUGUUGUUUGAUGAAUGUCAUAAAUUAAAGCUGAUUGACUUUGGUCUCUGUGCAAAACCCAAGGGUAACAAGGAUUACCAUCUGCAGACAUGCUGUGGGAGCCUUGCUUAUGCAGCACCUGAAUUGAUACAGGGCAAAUCAUAUCUUGGAUCAGAGGCUGAUGUUUGGAGUAUGGGCAUACUCUUAUAUGUACUUAUGUGUGGAUUUCUACCAUUUGAUGAUGAUAAUGUCAUGUCAUUGUACAAGAAGAUUAUGAGAGGAAAAUAUGAUGUUCCUAAGUGGCUCUCUCCCAGUAGCAUUCUGCUUCUUCAACAAAUGCUACAGGUGGACCCAAAGAAACGGAUUUCUGUGAAAAAUCUAUUGAACCAUCCCUGGAUCAUGCAAGAUUACAACUGUCCUGUUGAGUGGCAAAGCAAGAAUCCUUUUAUUCACCUUGAUGAUGAUUGUGUAACAGAACUCUCUGUACAUCACAGAAACAACAAGCAAACAAUGGAGGAUUUAAUUUCAUUGUGGCAAUACGAUCACCUCACAGCUACCUAUCUUCUGCUUCUAGCCAAGAAGGCUCGGGGAAAACCAGUUCGGUUGAGGCGUCCUUCUUUUUCCUGUGAGCAGGGCAGUGCUACCCCAUUCACAGGCGUCAGGUCAAAGAAUCUGAGUCUGGAAGAUGUGGCCACUAGUGAUAAAAAUUAUACGGAUGGAUUAAUAGACUAUGACUGGUGUGAAGACAGUUCAUCAAUGGGUGUGGCUACGCCCCAAACACCACAGUUUACCAAGCAUUGGACAGAAUCAAAUGGUCUGGAAUCUAAGUCAUUAACUCCAGUAUUAUGUAGAACAUCUGCAAAUAAAUCGAAGAACAAAGAGAAUGUAUAUACUCCCAAGUCUGCUGUAAAGAAUGAAGAGGACUUUGUAUUUCCUGAGCCAAAGACUCCAGUUAAUAAGAACCUGCAUAAAAGAGAGAGACUCACUACUCCAAAUCAUUACACUACACCCUCAAAAGCUAGAAACCAGUGCCUGAAAGAAACCCCCGUUAAAACACCAGUACAUUUAGCAGGAGCAAACAAGUUAAUGACAGGUGUCAUUAGCCCUGAGAGACGGUGCCACUCAGUGGAGCUGGAUCUCAACCUAGCACAUUUGGAGGAUACUCCAAAGAGAAGAGGAACCAAAGUGUUUGGGAGCCUUGAAAGAGGAUUGGAUAAGGUUAUCACUGUGUUAACCAGAAGCAAAAGGAAGGGCUCUGCCAAAGACGGGCCCAGAAGGUUAAAGCCUCACUAUAAUGUGACUACAACAAGAUUGGUGAAUCCAGACCUACUCUUGAAUGAAAUAAUGUCUAUUCUCCCAAAGAAGCAUGUUGACUUCGUACAGAAGGGCUAUACACUGAAGUGUCAAACACAGUCAGAUUUUGGCAAAGUGACAAUGCAAUUUGAACUAGAAGUGUGCCAGCUUCAGAAACCUGACGUGGUGGGUAUCAGGAGGCAGCGGCUUAAGGGCGACGCCUGGGUUUACAAGAGAUUAGUGGAAGACAUCCUAUCUAGCUGCAAGGUGUAAUUGAUGGAUGGGUUCUAUCCUGCUGGAUGAGGGUGGGUGUGAAACCGCCAACAUUGAGAUGGGUGUGACUGGUUUGAUGUUUAAGUCUUGGAACAACAAUCUCCUUUCUAAAGAGCUGUCUUAAAGACCAAAGUCGGUUUUGUUUUUUAAACAAAAGAUACUUUGUAGUUGAAUCUAAGGCAGCCCCAUCUGUCAUUAUCUGUUACUGUCUUUUUUAAUCAUGUGGCUUUGUGUAUUAAUAACUGUUGACUUUCCUAGAUUCACUUCCAUAUGUGAAUGUAAACGCUUAGCUAU